AUGUUGACAGCUCAAAGUAGACAAAAGAGUUAUGCUGAUGUUAGGCAAAAAGAUAUGGAGUUUGAGGUAGGUGAUAAGGUGUUUUUGAAAGUGGCACCUAUGAAGAGAGUGUUGAGGUUUGGCAGAAAAAGAAAUAUUAGUCCUCGUUUCAUUAGGCCAUUUGAGAUCUUGGAGCAUGUUGACCCGAUGGCCUAUCGAUUAGCCUUGCCACCUUCUUUUUCUGCUGUCCAUAACGUUUUUCAUGUUUCCAUGGUGAGGAAGUACACAGCAAACCCGUCUCAUAUUGUUGACUAUGGGCCUUUGCAAUUGAAUGAGAACCCGAGUUACGAAGAGAAGCUUAUUCAAAUCUUGACCAGGAAAGUGAAAACAUUGCACAAUAAGGAGAUAAUAUUAGUAAAGGUUCUAUGA